AGUAUCAGUUACGGGGCUAAAAUGUGAUCCAGGCGUUUUGUUGAAGUGGUUAGCUGCUAUCUGGAGCUGGAGGUCAGUUCAUUGAUGCAAUGAUUAACCUGAGAGUGAACACAGAGAGGUUAAAGAGCGUCUCCGAGGGUUCAGUCAGCCUCUGUCCUGCCAGCAGAAAGGAAAGUCGUCUAUAACCCACCGAGCCGCAGGUUUUCUGCUCCCUCACCAAUGGACGACAUUUUUGACCUCAGUCCCACAGCGGCGGUGAAACGAGUGUCCGCCUUGCUGGACUGCAGUCCAACUUCAGAGAAAGUAGCCGAUUAUUUUGACAAACACGACAAAGUGCGGCACCUCAGAGAAAACUUCCUGGUGCCCAAAAUCGCAGAUUUGCCUCCCACUGAUCUCUCUCUGGUGGACGGGAGCCAAGAAUGCAUCUACCUGUGUGGAAACUCGUUGGGUCUGCAACCCAAAAAUGCACGGAAAUAUCUGGAGGAGGAGCUGGACAACUGGGCUAAGAUAGCUAUUCAUGGUCACACUGUCGGCUCCAGGCCUUGGGCCUGGGCGGAAAACAAUAUAGAAGACCUCAUGGCCAAUAUUGUUGGAGCUAAAAGUGGGGAAGUAGCGCUGAUGAACGGCCUGACGGUCAAUCUGCAUCUCCUAAUGCUGUCCUUCUACAAACCGACUCCAACUAGAUACAAAAUCCUUCUGGAGAGCAAAGCCUUCCCUUCGGAUCAUUACGCCAUCGAGUCUCAGAUCCGCCUGCGAGGAUUUCCACCCGAGAGCAGCAUGCUGAUGCUGUCUCCCAGACCAGGUGAAGACACCCUGAGAACUGAGGACAUCCUGGACGUCAUCGAGAAAGAAGGCGACGUCAUCGCCAUGGUGAUGUUGCCCGGGGUUCAGUACUACACCGGUCAGCUGUUUGACAUGCACGCCAUCACGAAGGCUGGCCACAAAAAGGGCUGUUUUGUUGGGUUUGACUGCGCCCAUGCAGUGGGAAACGCAGAUCUGAAGCUGCAUGAGUGGGAUGUUGACUUUGCCUGCUGGUGCUCUUAUAAGUAUCUGAACUCAGGUGCUGGCGGCCUCGCCGGGGCGUUCAUUCACGAAAAACAUAAAGACACCAUCAAACCGGCGCUGUUAGGAUGGUGGGGUCAUGACCUGGCAACUCGCUUUAGGAUGACCAAUGUGAUGGAGCUGCAGCCUGGAGUGAGCGGCUUCAGGCUCUCAAAUCAACCCAUUCUUCUUGUCUGCCCUCUACAGGCCAGCUUAGAACUGUUUAACAUGGCGAGCAUGCAGUCGCUGCGGAGAAAGUCUGUACUCCUGACCGGGUACCUGGAGUACCUGAUGAAGGAGUUCUACACAGAGGACCCGGCCCAGCCUCACAAAGCCUACGUCCGAAUCCUCACGCCCUCUGACCCCCAGCAGAGAGGCUGCCAGCUGUCUCUCUCCUUCUCCAUCCCGAUCCGGAGAGUCUUCCAGGAGCUGGAGAAGAGAGGAGUCGCUUGUGACAUGAGGGAGCCCAGCGUGCUGCGAGUGGCUCCGGUGCCGCUCUAUAACUCCUUCAGGGACGUUCAUCGCUUCAUCGAAACACUGGGAAAAGCUCUGGCUGCCAGCAGCAGCGGCUAGACCCACAAUGAGAAGAAAACAACUUCAGCAACCUCAUCAAGCCCUGUGUGCUGCAACGUCCUGUCGAUAUGCAACCAUCUUGUCAAUGACGGAUGAAAAUGUCAUUAAACAAAUUAUAAAACA